CAGAGAUAAAAAGUUCACGCCAAUUCGAAAAUGUUUUUUGUUUGACUCUGAAUUUGACAAAUACAGUGUAUCAACGAUGAUGCGAUUGCGUUCCAAUCAUUGCCUGUCUCCGGAACAUUUAUUUAAAAUAAAAGUAUACGAUAGUCCUAAUUGUCAGUGUGCAGAAUACGGAGAUAUAGUACAUAUACUGUUUAAUUGUCAGCUGAACAGGGUAAACUGUGAUAUAUUAUACUAUAAAUUAACACAAUUGGGAAUGGAAUGCCCAAUUAGUGUGAACGAUGUCGUUUUUAGCCAGUCGAUUAAGAUUAUAGAGUGUUUAACUAGUUUUUUAAAAAAGCUUCAGGGUUGAAAUUGUAGUCAAUCGAAUGUAAGUUUAUGUGUAACUAACAUUAUGUAUGUGAUGUUCUAGCCCUGUGUACGUCAAAUAUCCUUUCCAUCCUUGGGAACAAGGGGAGAAAUAGUAAUAUAGUGACUGGGUACAUGACCUCCGGUCGAGCCCAAAUUGCCCUUCCAAUAAGGGUAACCUUGAAAGAAGAAGAAGAAGAAGAAGAUUUCAUUGCUGAGUUUGACACAAAAUAUAACCUCAAUUCUAACAGCUAACAGCUGUUUUGCUUUGAAGUUUAUAUAAGUCAGAUAAAAGCAUAUUGUAUAUAAAAAUGUGAUCUAAUAUUACUAUUGUUGAUGGCUUUGUAUAGGUUCUUUUUACCCAGAAUUCGUAAUCAAAUCUGCUGCUCACUAUUUCAUUUUCAAUGUAAUUUCAAAUAUUUAUCAUCUACAGAAAACUCGGCCACAGUCCACCUACAGGAUGUCAUUGAUAAUUUCACUAUUCAGCUUAUACAAAAGAAAAUAUGGGACAUGAAAAACAUGAAAAAUUCGAAUAUAGAACAACUGGACGAAUUUUUUAAUUGUGCUCUUGUUGAAUGUAAUGAUACCGGUGUUGUUGCACUGAUGAGAGAAUGUUUGAAGUUGCAAAUGUCUCCUUCUUCAGAUUACAUUGUACAAGUAAUGAGUAUUUGUGCACAAAAUGGAGAAGUUGAAUUGAUAGAUGGCCUAAAAAUAUUGUGUAAACAAAAAGAUAUUAAUUUACCAACGAACUUCAGUUUUGAAAUUUAUAAUGCUCAUGCUGUUUGGAUCAAAGGACAUGUUAUGAAAGCUUUAAAUUUAUUUGAGGAAUUGUAUAUAACAAAUCCUUUCCUUAGAAGGCAUAUAAGAAUAAUCCUCAAGCAACUUAUUUCUGUUGAAGUUAAAAAGAGUAGUGAGGCAGUUCUUAUAAAUAUGUUGAAAGUUGCUAAGAAUAUCAAAGAAAGUCACAACGAUUAUUCAUUUUUGACAUAUAUUUGGGAAUCUUGUUUUUUGAGUGAACUUUUUUCUGACCAACAAUUAGCUAUUGCCCUUUUGUAUGAAGACCAAAAAUUAGUUGAAGUUUUGACAAUUCGAUUACCAAUCAUAUUAUAUAAGACUCUGAAAAUUCAUAGAACAGAAUCUAUUUAUAAAUUACUAGAAUAUUUUCAUGUUAUGAAUAUGGAAGAAGAAUGUACUAUUGUGGCUAUGGCUUUCUUAGAUUACUAUUUUCUCCAAGUCAACGUUGUGAACUAUUCAGAAGUUAUAAAAUGGUGCAAAAACUGUAAUAUCGUUUUGCCAGCUAUCUAUAAUGAGAAAUAUCUAGACCUUUUAUUGAAUGUAGAGAGUUCCAGUACUCCUCAAAAUAAGCCUAAAGUGGAAAAAUACAAUACAGGAAGAGAAUUAAGCUUUUAAUAAUAGUAUUCUAUUCUAGUUUUUAUGAAUUGAAAUCAAUAAAUUAUAUUCACUGAAAUGAGUUUGAAAAACAACCACAUGUCACUAUUUGAUAAUAACAUAGAAAAGUAUUACCGAAGUUAUGGUACCAAUUUUUCAUUAAUAUGCAUGUAGUCUUGUUAUCAACCUAUUCAUGUGUUCAUGUACUUUCACCCUUUUGAUUUUAUAGCUGGGAAUGUUCCAGUUUUGUUUUGUAUUAUAAAUAAUGAUUGUCAAUGAAAAUGGUUCUCGUUUUG